AGUGUCACAUGAACACAGCAGAGCUGUCACGUGACAACCUUUCCGGCUUGUCGCAAAUCCAAGAUGGCGUUGUGCGUAGCUGUUAUAGCGAAAGAGAAUUACCCUCUGUAUAUCCGGAGUGUUUCAACGCAGAGUGAGCUGAAAUUCCACUACACAGUGCACACUUCACUGGACGUGGUGGAGGAGAAGAUCUCUGCAGUUGGUAAAGCGAUGGCUGAUCAGCGAGAGCUCUACCUGGGACUGCUCUACCCUACAGAGGACUACAAAGUAUAUGGUUACGUGACAAACUCCAAAGUGAAGUUUGUGAUUGUCGUGGAUUCAUCAAACACAUCACUGAGAGACAACGAGAUACGAAGCUUUACUGAUCAUCUCCACAGAUGUUCAGAAAAUUGCACAACUCCUUCACAGAUGUCAUGUGCAAUCCCUUCUACAAUCCUGGAGAUCCAAUUCAGUCCAAGGCUUUUGACAGUACGGUGUCCGCCAUGAUGGUGCAGUCCUGAUGAAGCUGUACAUUACUCUGUUGUGUAUUUGUGUACAUGUUUGUUGUCUGAAGUAAAAUAUUUAAUUAAUAAACUGAUGUAGUACGCUGAAAGGAAA